GAGCACGGAGACCGAGGGAGUUGACCAGCAGCCUGUUGCCAGGAUGACUCAGGGAUUCUGGAAAGUCUACAAGGCCAAAGUGCUGCAGACCCUUGGUGGAGAAUUACAGGAGGAGGAGCUCCAAGAUGAGAGAGAUAUCCCGGAGUCAAUGGAAACCACAGACUCCACGCUGCUGGCAGAGGAAGGAGCAAAUCCCGUUUCUCAGCUUGCCCGUCGGGUCCAGGGGGCAGGAGCGAAAGGCUGGAGGACGGUCUCGUCUUUGUUCAACCGAGAAGAUGAACAUCAGCUGCUGGCCUCCGAGGCUUGUGCUGACCAUCCUCUCGCAGCAAAGGCAGCGGAGGAGUCCUCCUCCGAGAAGAAACCGUCUGGCCUUUGGGACGUCUUUGCCACCAAGUGGCAGCAAACAGCCACUCUGGAAAAUAUGGCCACAAAGCCCGACCCCGGAGAGCCAAUGGCCGAAGGCAGUGAGGCGUUAGGGGAGAUGACCGUUGAGGAUGCCAGCAACGCCAGCCAGGACAAUGACCUUCGGGAUGCUGAAGGAAUGGCUUUCAAGUGGAGUUUCCUGACCAGCAAACUGGCCGAGAUCAAAAACAAAAACCUCCCCAAGAGCAACUAG